CUCUAAGGGACCGUCUACAAACUGACGAGAGGCGUCAACCUUUUCCCUUAGGGGCGGAUUCGUGAAGCAGCGGAGCGCACGAUCGGAAACGCCCCCUCCUUCCGCCUGGGCGGGGCAAGUGAGGCGGAGUCCUGGGCCUGCGGGGCGCCGCCGCGCCUUUGUGGGCUAUGGCCCGCUGUGGGGAGGACGGUGCGGCCGGCGUGGUGCUUGUGGGGUCCCCUGGAGUUUGCAGUAGAGGGUUGCAAAGGAAGGGGCCCUGUGAGCGGCGCCGGCUGAAGGCGUUGGUGUCGGAGCAGCUCAGCCAGGACCUGCUCAGGCUUCUAAAGGAAGAACUCCAUACAGAUGUUACUUUCUCUAUAGGCCGUACUUUGUUCAAAGCACACAAAGCAGUCCUUUUAGCAAGGGUUCCUGAAUUCUGUUUUCAUACUAUUGGACAGACAUCAAAUAAUUUAACAAAUCAGGAGCCUGUUGCUGUGGAGAAUGUUGAAACUGCAGAAUUUAGAACAUUUUUGCAGAAUGUAUAUUCAUCAAACAAAAACAUGAAGUUUGAAGAGGAAAUUAUUAGGAAAAAGAUAACGGAGAGUGAGAUAUCACAAAAGAAACUUGACCUCAGUUUUCCAAAGUGUAAAAAAUCAUCUGAUGCUUCUCUUCAGAAGCAUGGAAUUCCAGAGGAUAUCACUGAUACAGAUGACAAUUUAAUUUCCAAUGAUAACUGUCAUUUGGAAGCUGCAUCUGAAUUAGGAGAAGAUUUAUUAAAGCUUUAUAUGAAACCUUGUUGCCCAGAUACUGAUAUUUUUGUUGAUGGAAAAUGUUUUAAAGCUCACAGGGCCAUUUUAAGUGCCAGAUCUUGUUAUUUUGCUGCAAUGCUGAGUGGCUGUUGGGCUGAAAGCUCUCGAGAGUAUGUUAUUCUUCAAGGUAUAAACCAUUUAGAAAUGAAUGUUAUGAUGCAUUUUAUAUAUGGAGGAACUUUGGACUUUCCAGAGAAAGCUAAUGUUGGUCAGAUACUCAAUAUGGCUGAUAUGUAUGGACUAGAAGGAUUAAAAGAAGUAGCAGUUUAUAUUUUAAGAAGAGAUUACUGUAAUUUCUUUCAGAAGCCUGUUUCCAAAACAUUGGUGUCUAUACUAGAAUGCCUGAUUAUUGCUCAUUCAGUUGGAGUGGAAAGUCUUUUUGCUGACUGCAUGAAGUGGAUUAUAAAGCAUUUUGCAAGGUUUUGGUCUGAGAGAAGCUUUGCAAAUAUACCCCCUGAGAUUCAGAAAAGUUGUCUUAUAAUGUUGAUUCAGUCCUUAAGUGAUAAGAACGCUGCUUUUGUUCUGAUGGAAAGUGACAGGCUGAUCAUGAGUUUACCCAGCGUGAAGUGGACAGAAGCAGCACUGACUAUGGCAUCUCAGCUCCAAGAAGAAUGUAUUACAUUUAUUGUAGAAAACUUCUCCAAGAUUAUUCAGAGUGAAAAUUUUACUCUUUUCUUACAGUCACAAGCAAUGAGCAGCACAGCUGAUCUGUUGGACAAAAUUUUAAAAGCAAUUGAAGAAAACAUUACCACUGAAAAUAGUUGCUCUCUUCUUAUGGCUCUGGACACAUUACUGAACUCUGAUAGUACAAAGGAAAUGGGUUUUACGUGCAAGAUCCAGGCUCUGCGUGAUAAGCUGUGGAUCUUCCUGGUUCAGUCUUUUUAUGCUGUUCGUCACACAGAAAGCUGGAAGCUCAUGAGCACAGAUGAUCAACAGAAAAUCCAAGCAGCUGCAUUUGACAAAGGUGAUGACCGAAGACUUGGCAAAAAGCCUAUAUUCAGUAGCUCCCAGCAAAGGAGACAAGUUUCUGAUUCUGGUGCUAUAAAAAACAAAUCUUGGAGGGGAAAUAACAAGAAAGAGUGUUGGCGUUAUCUCUCUACUAAUAAUCAAAAGAUGAAAUCUGAUGGAUUAGGAGCAUCUGGACAUUCAUCAAGUACUAGUAUAAGUAAAACUUUGACACAGGAUGCUUUAAAGGAAAAGGAUGGUACAAAAAUAGCAGCUAAAGUUACAAAAGAAUUAAAAACUGGGGGAAAAAAUGUCUCUGGAAAGCCCAAAUCUGUGAUAAAACCCAAAACAGAAAACAAUGGUAACACAAGAUGGGAAAACAUGUCACCUAAACAAGUUGUGGGAAGAUCAGCAAUGGCAGCAGCAACUGGACAGAAAACUUCAUUAAAUGGAAAAGGAGUGAGAAACCAGGAAGGGCACGCUACAGGUGCCAGACCCAAGGUACUCGCUGGAAACUUAAAUGUGCAACCCAAAUCAAAGCCUUUGAAGAAAGUGACAGGGAAAGACUCUCCAUGCCUGAGCUUCACGGGACCCUCCAGCAUAUCUACAAAUUCAAGUAUGGAACUAUCGAUUUCCACCGAAUGUUUGGAUGAACCAGAAGAAAAUGAAUCAAUGGAAGAAGAAAAGCCUUCUGGUCACAAACUAUCCGUUUGUAAUUCACCAGGACAAACAGUGAAAAACAGUAUAGACAGUGUCAAAACCUCCACUGUAGCAGUAAAAUCUCAAGCUAUUUCAAGAGUUACUAAUGGAACUUCCAAUAAAAAACGUAUUCAUGACCAAGAUUCUAAUACGAGUAACAGUGUACUAAAGAAAGUCAGCGCCAAAGGAUGUGGUGAUCCAGUGCCACAGGCAAUUUUGAAGAAAAGGGGAAGUGGUAAUGGAUGUGCUACAACUCAGCAGAGGACAAAGAAUACCUCAUCUAAUCUUGCUAAAGCUCAAGGAACCUAUGGAGAGUCAUCAAAUUCAGUAAAAUCUUCAGUAUCUUCAAGGCAGUCUGAUGAAAAUGUGACAAAGUUGGACCACAAUACAACUAUAGAUAAACAAACACCUAAGAGAAAAACUGUCAAGCAAGAACACACAACUUUGUCUAAGCUUACUGCAAAAAUAGUGGCAGUACCUAAAAACCUAAAUCAGUCGAAGAAAGGUGAAACUUUGAAUAAUAAAGAUUCAAAACAGAAAAUGCUUCCUGGACAGCUUAUAGUAAAAACUCAGCCUUCUCAAAGACCUUCAAAAAGCGAAAAAUCUAGUGUCCAAAAAAGUAUGCUUCAUGAUAUACAUGCCAACAAUAAGGAUAAUAUUUCUGAACAGAAUCCUCACAAGAAUCUAAUUAAUCUCACAUCUGAAAUCAAUGAUGCAGAAGCAGUCCAGUCAUCACGGAGACCAGACGCACAAAAGCCAUUAAACAAUCAAGAGAAAGAGAAGCUGGUAUUAGAAUGCCAAAAUAUUUCAAAGCUGGAUAAAUCAUUAAAACAUGAACUAGAAUCAAAACAGAUUUGUUUAAAUAAAAGUGAAACAAAAUUUCCUAAUCACAAGGAAACAGAUCAUUGCAGUGCAGCUAACAUACAUUGUCUUUCUGAUGGGAGUGAUUGUAUAGAUGCAAAAUUUCAUAGCACUACUGCCCCAAAACCCAUGAUUUCAAAUCCAAAUGAAAACUCCUUGAACUCUAAUCCAAUUUGUGAUUUAGACUCAACAAAUUCACGACAAAUCCGUAUAAUAUCAGACAGGGAGAACCAAAUAGAGAGAAAAGAUACAAACAAAAAAUCAAGCAUUAAAUGUGUGAAAGAUGAGUCAUGUUGUGCUCCUGAAAAGACAAAUGUAACCUUAAAUUCUGUUCAAAAUGACAGAAAAUCUACAAUUAAUGUAGAAGAAAUGACAAUUCCUAGUCAGUUGCCUGAUGAUUCUGCUAUGAAUGAAGACAGACUUGCUGCAGCAGGCUCAGAUAUUUCCUCCAAAUGUGUUUUUGGACACCUAUCAGGAAAAAAUUCUCCUAAAAAUAUGGAAACAUCGGAAUCCCCAGAAAGCCAUGAAACUCCAUAUGUGGGUCCCUGGAAUUUGAAUACCAGUGUUCUGCUUCAGAGAGAGAGUCCUGAAUCUGACACCGGCAGUGCUACCACAUCGUCUGAUGACAUAAAGCCCAGAUCUGAAGACUAUGAUGCUGGGGGGUCUCAGGAUGAUGAUGGGUCAAAUGACAGAGGUAUUUCCAAAUGUGGCACUAUGCUGUGCCAUGAUUUUCUUGGAAGAAGUAGCAGUGAUACUAGUACUCCUGAAGAAUUAAAAAUUUAUGAUAGUAACUUAAGAAUUGAAGUAAAAAUGAAAAAACAAAGUAGUAGUGAUCUUUUCCAAGUUAAUUCGACAAGCGAUGAUGAGAUUCCUAGAAAAAAGUCAGAAAUCUGGUCUCGAUCUGCAAUAGCCCACCCUAGAGAAAAGGAAAAUAUUCCACGAGGCAGUGUCCAGUUUGCUCAGGAAAUAGAUCAGAUUUCUUCUUCGGCAGAUGAAACAGAAGAUGAGAGGUCUGAAGCUGAAAAUGUUGCAGAAAAUUUCUCGCUAUCUAAACCAGUUCCUCAGCAGUUUCAGGGAAUCAUUAAUUUAGCUUUUGAAGAUGCAACUGAAAAUGAAAGUCGUGAGUUUUCUGCAACUAAAAAGUUUAAAAGGUCAGUUUUACUUUCAGUAGAUGAAUGUGAAGAACUGGGAUCUGAUGAAGGAGAAGUCCAUACCCCCUUUCAGCCUUCUAAAGAUUCUUUUUCACCUUCUGAUGUUUUUGAUGGCAUUUCUCAGGAACAUCACGGGAGGACCUGCUAUUCCAGAUUCUCGCAAGAAAGUGAAGAUAGUGUUUUAGAAUAUAAGCAACAAGAUAAAGGUAAUAGCGUAUAUAAAAAUGAAAGCACUCUCUUGAAUCUUAGUAGCACUGACUCUUCGAGAAAAGAUAAACAGAGCAUUUCAGCCACAGGAAAAAAGAACACAAUAGAUGUCCUGUCCAACAGAGGUAGACACCUUCUUCCAGAAGAUAAAAAAUUAAACAGUGGAAGCAGUGUGCAUAAUGACUUACAGCAAUGCAGCAAACUCUUGGAUGGUGACAUAAAAUCUCAAGAAAGACCAUGUCAUUUGGAGCUUCAUCAGAGAGAACCCAAUUCUGACAUACCAAAGAACAGCUGUAUGAAAUCUCUUGACUCCUUUUGGAGUCAAGUUCUGCCUCAGGAAGGUCAAGUGAAAGAGAGCCAUUCUACAGCUACUGAAAAAGCUAAAAUUGCUUUAUCUGCAGGAGACAUAAGUGAUUGUGACACACUGGCACAAACCUGCAAAUAUGACCACCGGCCUUCAAAAACCCUCUCUCCAAUAUAUGAGAUGGAUGUAAUAGAAGCAUUUGAGCAGAAAAUGGAAUCAGAAACACACGUUACAGAUAUGGAUUGUGAAGAUGAUCAAUACUUUGCAAAACAAGAUUGGACACUAUUAAAGCAGCUGCUCUCAGAACAGAAUGCAAACUUAGACAUUACAAACUCUGUUCCUGAAGACUUAAAUUUAGCACAGUAUCUCAUCAAUCAGACACUACUUUUAGCACGGGACAGCUCAAAACCUCAGGGUAUAGCACAUAUUGACACUUUGAACAGAUGGAGCGAACUAACAUCUCCAUUCGAAGACUCCUCAGCGAGCAUUACUAUGGCAAGUUUUUCCUCUGAAGAUUGUUCACCUCAAGGGGAAUGGACAAUUCUGGAACUGGAAACUCAGCAUUAAGAGUAUUAACACUUUGGAAAAUUUAAAACUCUGCCACCUCUUUAUUUUUUUGAUGCUUAUAUUACUAUCUAAAUGAUAAUUGUAUUAGCCAGAAAAAACAGACUGUCCCUAGUAUUGAGAGAGUCUUUCCAAUUUAAUAAAAUAAUAAACAAUUUAUUUAUUAAUUAAAUAAUGUCACAUGUAGAAAAAAGUUUUUUCUAAAAUUUUUGAGCAUGGUUUUUAUGAUUAUUAGAGAAAUUAGAAGACUUAUAAGGAAACCCUUGCUUUAGUUUUCCUUUCCUGUUUGUUCAAUUGUUUAUUAUUCAAGAAUUUAAAUGUGAAUGCACAAGUCGAUCAGUUCUGCAAAUGGUAACAUAGUAAUCUAACAAUAAAAAACUUACUGUGCUUGUGUCCA